AUGUUCCAGGCGGCAGGGCUGGGCUUGGUGGCCGAAGAAGGGGAGAUGGCCGAAGAGGAGCGGUCAAAGGAGAAGCUGGACUCGCCAAGCGCAAUCUUGAGGGUGGGAGCGCGCUUGGGGACGGUGGUGGAUGACAUUUUUGAUGUUGAGGUGGUGUUUGGCUUUUUGGUUGUUGAGGUGGUUAUUCUCGUUGGUGGCAGCCUUGUGCUGAGGGUGGUGUGGUUUGGUGUUAUGGGUAUGGCGUGGUAUUGGAGUGAGCUGCGAGGCAAGGAGCCGGGCUCGGGAUGGAUCGGAAGAGGCUCUGGGUCGCAACAAUAA